AUGACCCAACAACCACACGACCUCGGUUACAUGGACUAUGGCACGUCGACUAGCCGCUCUCCCAGCUCUUCGAGACCCAACUACGGAGGCGCUGCUGGAUUCAACGCUGGCAUGUCGCUGCCUCGCCAGUCGCAGCGUCCUUUCGACAACAACCAGCUAGGCUCAGCCGCCUUGUAUCCCGCUGAUAGACUCGGCGGCGGCGGCGGUUACAACCCACGGGCUAUGGACAACAUGCAAGGAGGUAUGCCCGGGUACAUGCUGGAUAAUGGCCAAGCUUGGAACUACAACACUUCGGGCGCUGCCACCGUCAACGGUGCUGUCAACGGCCCGGGCCGACAGAGGAAUGUUAACCGACGCGCUGCUCUUCCUCAGAACUGGACUGACCACAGCGCUCUUGGCAUCCACGGUGGUCUCCAGCCCUAUAACGGUGGAAUGGGAAACAACAUGUCCAACGGUGGCCUCCGAGUUGACCACCCCGGCUCACACGGCUCCCCGACCGAUCUUCGAUCGACCGCUUCCGACAGCGACCAGCUCAUUCCGACCGCCAUUGUGAUCAAGAACAUCCCCUUUGCGGUUCGGAAAGAGACGCUGGCGUCCAUCAUGUUGGAGAUGCAUCUUCCCCAGCCGUAUGCGUUCAACUAUCAUUUUGACAACGGUGUCUUCCGAGGCCUGGCUUUUGCCAACUUUCAGUCUGCCGAGGAUACUCGCAUGGUAAUUGAGGCGAUGAAUGGAAUGGAUGUUCAUGGGCGCAAGCUGCGCGUGGAGUACAAGAAGAUGCUGCCUGAGGCCGAGCGUGAGCGUAUCGAGCGUGAGAAGCGAGAAAGGCGCGGCCAGCUAGAGGAGCAGCACCGAGCUCCGAUGCUGCACCAGCAGAGCUCAAUCCAGUCUCUUGGAGCUUUGUCUCAGAGUCAGCAGAGGGGAGGAACUACUGCUCACCUAGGUGACGUCGACUUGAAUGACCCUCAGACGCUCGAGUUUUACACGGAGCUGGUCAUGUUCAGACGGGACGACUCCCGUGAAAUUCUCGUGUUCCCUCCUGGCAUCGCCCCUGAGCACCGUCGAUCUAUCCACAUCCUUGCGCAUCACAUGGGCCUGGAGCACCAGUCGAUCGGUGAGGCUGAUUCUAGACAGCUCACAGUCCUCAAGCGACAACAGCCUUCGCCCACCGCCAACGUGCACAACCAGCCUGCUAACAGCUUGGACAUGCACAAGCGCGGACUCAGUCGAGCGGCAACGUUUGACUUUGCCGCUGAUCGCGAUUCUCGAACUGCCAGCAGUGCCUACAACCACGUGAUGGGACGACAGGGCCCGACUCUGGAGCUUCCCGGAAGCCCUGACGGUAACGGCAUUCCCAACAACCUUCGAGCUGCGAAGAGUUUUGCCGAUCUCCGUUCUUUCACUCCCAGCCCCUCGCAGGCUUCCUCCAGCUACCUGGCCCCGUCUGGAAUCAACAACAUGACCCAGGGGUCAACCGCCCGCUUUGGUGAUUAUGUAUCUCAGCCCGUCCACCCUGGUAGCACCGGCACCCCUGGCCCCAAGAACGAUGCCGCUCUUCUCAACAGCCUCAGUGGCUUAAGCCUCGGAUCCUUUGAGCCCGGCGCUCUCCAGAGCCAAGCCCGAAGCACCCCUGGCGCCAUUGGCAGCCAGCGACCUGGUGCAAACGGCAGCUCCAAGGGCGCCCCUGAGCGACAGCCCCGCGGACCCGAGUGGGAGAGCACCGGUGGAUUUGGAGGACGCCGUGCUAACGGCCAUGUUCCGCGUGGCAGCGAUUCGUCCGACAAUGGUGCGCGUGUCGGCUCCAGCUCUACCAAUGCCUCGCGAUACCACUAG